AUGUCUGAUUACCCCCAGCAGCCCUUCUUCAUUCACCCCACCUCCGGAAUUUGUUAUCGCCAGCUCGCUGACAGUUCAUGGGUUCCCGACCUCCCUCAGUCACAGCUUCCCUCCCUCCGAUCUAUCCUUGAAUCUGACACGCUCACCCCGGACCAGCGUUUCGCUAGGACUUUACCAGUUUUACCUAUGCCUGCAGCCACCACCACCAACUCCCAUCACUCCUCUCUCGAAAACGACCACGACACGCGCACUCCGUCCCAUCCAUCAUUCGAGAACGGCCACAACACCCUCAACCCUCCCUUGCAUAUCACCUCCGACCACAGCACCUCUCUCUACCACCCCACUCACGAGACCGCACGCAGCGAGGCAGCUGCUACUGGUGCUGGCCAUGCGCAACCUCGUAGGGGCACUCCUGCCACGCCAGAGGACGAUAGCGAUGACCAAGCCAUCAUGGCUGGCCUGUCCCGUGAGCUCGCCUCGGCUCAUCAGGCAGGUGGCUCACGCCCCUCUGCUCCUGCCAAGGCAAAAGCGAAGGGACGUGCCGACGUGCCCCAGGCCAGUUCAUCAAAGCGCAAGGCCCCACACGACGCAGCCGACGAGCCAGUGGACGCAAAGAAACGAACGGCACCUGGCUUCAAAGGUCGCAUCGCCGGUGCCCCCAACUACAACAACACGGAUGUCGGCGAGCUCCUCAGCAUCGUCCGGGCAGUGCUUCCGAUUGGUGGGAGGGCAUGGCAGGAGGUCGAGCGUCUGCACAACGAGUGGGCAGAGUCAACGGGGCGCCCAACUCGCUCCGCGAAGUCCCUGGAGGCGAAGUUCAAGCAGCUUGUUUGUAUUCGCAAGCCAACGGGCUCAGCAGAGUGUCCCCCGCAUGUCGAGGCUGCCCAGGAAAUCGAAGACCUUAUCAACGAGAAGGCCGGCACACGCGAUCUCAACGAUGAUGAGAUCGUGGACAUCGCAGAUGCCAGUGACGACGAGAACAGCAACCACAACACCAAUGACAAGGGCAAGGGCAAGGCCAGUGAGCCCGGGCCCUCCACUGUCUCGCGUGGCCGCAGCCAGGCCCCCCGUGCUCCUCGUCACCUUGGUGCCGACCUCCUCCAGACGAUUUCGGCGUCACUUGACCCCCAGGCCCGAGCUGAACGCGAGGCUGAGCGUACUGCUUGCUCACUCCAUACUGCCCAUACUCUCCACCUCUCGUCGCAGCUCCGGGAGGCAAACACAACUAUCAACAACCUCCGCAACCUCCUUCAUGAGGCUGAGCGACGUGCUGACCGGCUUGAGCUUCGUGCUCAAGUUAUGGCCGAUCUGCAGCAGCCUGGUGCGGGUGCGGGCCCGAGCUCAUUUAACAGACUUAAUAACAUUCUCAGCGAUAGUACCAAUCUCGAGCACACGACCCGUGUCCGUUGUGUUCGAUAUGCCGAUGGAGGUGCUGCCACUGUUGUCAUCAAUCCUGGUGAUGACGAGAACCAGGGCCUUGAUGAUGAGGGUGUGAUGUCGUCCUGGGAUGAGGGUGUUCCGCAGCCAGAGGGAUAUGAGCGUGAACAGGAGGGUGACCAUGAGUAA